CUAAAUAUAAAAUAAUAAAAAAUAAAAAUGAUUAAAUCUGAGAUUUCUUCUAUUUUCCGAAAAUUUCUUAUUUUGAGACUACUACGAUUUUGUAUUCAGAUCCUUUAUUCUUGCGAUGAUAAGCUAUUGAUACGGAAUCUAGUUACAAAAAUCGAUCGCCUGCAUUUUCUGACUUUUGAAUAAUUCAGAAGUAGGCUGCGUAGGCAUCGUCCAAUACAUGAUAUUUGAUGAGAAGAAGGGAUAAAACUAGACAGCCGCUUUUAGCAUUUAAAGUGCGCCAUAAACGCGGGCUUAAGGGGGUCGUCUAGUCAAGAGGCUGUUUUUUUUUUGGGAAUUUUUUGUAAGGAAUCAUAAGAAUACACUUUUUUUGAAACUUUUACAUCAUAUUUAUUGAUAUUUGAAGAGUAUUUAGAAAUUUUUCCAAGUUGAUAUAUGGUCAAGAAUCCGCUGUAGAGCGCCCCGACGACAGCUGUGUAAAAAAAACGCAUAAAAUUGUGCAUAGUUGCCACAACAUGCCUUACAGAAGCGACAUGUGUAGAUGUAUACGAAACAACUGUUUUACUAACAAACGUUGUAAAUGUAAAAGAGACGAAAAAAACAAAAAAACAUGCACAGUUUAUUGUAAGUGCCGCAAGGGUGGGAGAGAGUGCAUUGAUCCAGCAUCUGUGGCAUCGACCAGCACUGCUUCAACUUCGACUUCGAAUAUUCGGCCCCUGACGGUGGAAUGCCUAACUCUAGAAUCAGAAUCAGAAUCAGAAGAAGAAGAACUUGAAGUUGUUGAAACAAUAAUAAAUCCGUGGCAAGAAAAAUCAAAAAAAUUGGAAAACGAGAAGGUGAAGGAAAUGGAAAAUAAAAUCGAUGCCUUGGAAAAACAAUUACAACAAGUACAGAAAGAAGCAGAAGAUAAAAUCGAUGCCUUGGAAAAACAAUUACAACAAGCACAGAAAGAAGCAGAAGAAUGGAAAAUUUUGGCUUAUAAGAAGAUAAACGAAUGCAGGAUAUUGCGUAAUGCAAAUCAUGAAUUAACAGGAAAGAUACAAGUUUUUUGUCGAAUCCGACCACGAACGUCAAAAGAAAUGCUCCAGCAGAAAGCGUUGUGUAAUAUAAACUUCAUUGACAAUUGUACUAUUGAAGUAGAUAAAUCGGAUGGAUCAGAUGCAAUGAGCUGCAGUGGAAAGCAACAAAGAACAAAACAAUUUUCAUUUGAUAAAGUAUUUGCUUCCAAUGCUUCGCAAGCAGAUAUUUUUCUAGAAUUGUCGCUUUUGAUAGAAUCAUCGCUUGAAGGAUAUAAUGUUUGCAUAUUUGCUUAUGGUCAAGCCGGUUCUGGCAAGACAUAUACUAUGGAAGGAGAACGUGAACCACAGACUGAAGGCAUUAUACCUAGAACAGUACGCCAUAUAUUUAGAGUCAUACAAGAACGACAACUAAUGUCGACAACUACAUACAAAAUUAAAGCUAGUUUUUUGGAAAUUUAUAAUGAGGAGCUUUAUGAUCUUCUCGAAACAACACCAAAAAAAAUUGAAAUUAAAUAUGAUUGUGCAAAACCCAUAAUAAAUCAACAAGAUUUAGAAAAAUAUCUACAACAUGCACGUCAUAACAGACGCGUGGCAUCCACUGCAUCAAAUGAACGAUCAUCCAGAUCUCAUUUAGUAGUAAGAAUAACUGUAAGUGCGUCUACAAAAGAAGGAGUGUUACCAACAGGAAAUCUGGAUUUCGUCGACUUAGCCGGAUCGGAAACGUAUUCCGAAAGAAGCCCUCGGGCUCAACAAAAGGAAACAACAAAAAUUAAUUGCUCGCUAAGUGCAUUAACUCGAGUAAUACGCAGCAUUUCAAACAACGAUUUGUAUAUACCUUAUAGGGAUUCUAUAUUGACCUACCUGCUUAAGUCUUCUCUAGGAGGCAAGUCAAAAACUUUGAUGUUAGUAAAUAUAUCUCCAUUAAAAGAACAUCUUAAAACAUCUCUGCAAUCGUUGCAAUUUGCCAGUGAAGCAAAAGAAUGCAAAACUGGUGGUUUACGAAGCCCGCGGUUAAACGCCAGUAGGGCCAAUAGUCCCUAUUCUAGGGAGAAUUAAAACAAUAAAGUUUCUCUCACAGUUUCUCUCUCUCCUUCUCUCCCUCUCUCUUUCCCCUUUCCCUCUCUCUUCUCAUCAGAACUUUUUGCCGUGCGGCACACACACACACAUAUUCUGAGAGCCGUCUUACGGCACACGUUCGCCGGGCAGAACGCAUCACGGAAUCACCUUUGCCGUCUUGCUCAACCGGGAGUGUGCACGUCUCCUACUGCUUUUUCCUGCCUGCUCUAUCGCUUGCUCUCCACCGUUUUGCUUGCUUGCACGAGUUUUGCCAUCGCAUGCCGACACGGUGAGUCGCUUCGCUUAAUAUUUUUCAACAAUUAAAUGGUUCUUAAAAUUGCAAAGUAUUUUAUUUUUCAACAAUUAAAUGGUUCUUAAAAUUGCAAAGUAUUUUGACGAGAUAUAAAAACUCCCUCUCCCCCCUCUCUCUCUCUCUCUCUCUCUUUCUCUCACUUAAAAUAUUUUUUCCAGGGAAUUCGGCAAUUAACGAUUAACUCGUGCAGUAGCUAAUUAAAAAAUUAUUUCAAUGCAAUACAAAUACUUAGUCCUGAAACGGCUAACGAGAUGUAUGAUUGUGAUCUAAUUAUUUUUUUCAGCAAACACCGCAAGUGACUGGCCGCGAGUACCCGCGGCUGCUAUUUGUCCCCAAUGCUCGACGCUUAUUAUCACUGUCGUGGUGGUGCGUCGAUC